AUGGAUAUGCCCGAGGAGUGGCGGCCGCGGCCCAUGGUGCGCAUCUGGGGCCUGCCGGCGGCGGCCACCGAGGCGGAGCUGGCUGAGCUGCUGGAGGGGCAGGGGCUGGAGCACGGCGUGCGCAGCGUGGUGUUUGACCCCAAGCAGGCCACGCAGGCGGGCAAGGUGGCGCUGGUGCGCUUCGACCCGCCCGCCGCGCCGCCGCUGGGCGAGCCGGGCGCGGCGGCGGCCCCGGAGCCAGACGUGGGCAAGGUGGCGGAGCGGCUGAUCGCCGCGCUGCGCGCCCGCCAGCCGCAGCUGCACGGCGUAAAACUCAACGUGGAGAAGACGGGGGCAGAGGUCUGCCUGUUCCUGGCCAACCUGCGGGGCGAGGCGGAGGAGGACGGCGGCCUGCGCGCCACGUGCGAGCAGUACGGCGCCGUGGAGCGCUGCUUUGUGGUGCGCAACCCCGCGGGCGACUCCAAGCGCUACGCAUUCUGCGAGUUCACGCUGCCUGCCUCGGCCGCGGCAUGCAAGGAGGCGUGGAACCGCGCGGGAGACGCGCAGCGGCCGCAGGCGCAGCGCGACGCCUCGGGCGCAGCCACCAAGUUUGUGCGCGUCAAGUUGCAGCGCGCCGAGCCCGCCCCUGUCAAGAGCGUGGCGGGCCUGUUUGCCACAGUGCUGUACGUCGACAACAUGAGCCCGUCGUUCACCAACCACGAGGCGCUGAAGAAAGUGUUUGGAGAGUAUGGCGAGGUGACCAGCUGCUACCUGCCGCGCAACCCCACCAACCCCUCCGCCUGCCGCGGCUUCGCCUUUGUCCACUUCAAGCACUCCUUCGCCGCCGACGCCGCGUUCCGUGCGCUGGAUGAGACUGAGCAGCCCGGCAUCGGCAAGCUCCUCAUCUCUUUCUCCAAUCCAGUUAAGGCCAACGAACACCUGAACCGAACCGCGGGCGGCGCCGGCGCCGGCGCCUCCCAGCAGCAGCGGCAGCCGCGCGACCAGCAGCAGCAGCAGCAGCGCAUGGGCGGCGCCGGCGGCCGAGGCGGGGCGCAGGGCGGCGCCAUGGGGGCUGGGCGGGCAGGCGGGGGAGCGGCGGCGCCCGUGCCCAGCCCGCCCAUGGGUGGCAUGCGGGCCACAGGCACCGGCAUGGGUCAGGCCGGCAUGGGCGGCAUGGCAGGCGGCCCCAUCAUCCUGCCCGCGGCGGCCAUGAUGCCGCCGCCGCCGCCGCCUCCCAACCCCAUGCUCCUGCAGCAGCAGCAGCAGCAGGCUGCAGCGAUGAAGCAGGCGCAGGUGGCGAUGCAGCAGCAGCUGGCCAUGCAGCAGGCGAUGAUGAUGAUGCAGCAGCAGCAGCCGUGGCUGGCCAUGCAGCAGGCCAUGAUGCAGCAGCAGGCGGCGGCGGCGGAGGAGGUGCGGGCCAAGCAGGCGGAGCUGGAGGCGCAGGCGCAGGAGGCGGAGCGCAGGCGCAAGGCGGCGGAGGAGAAGGCGGCGGCGGAGGAGAAGGCUCGCCUGGAAGCCGAGUAUGCUGCCCGGCUGGGGUACGGGCUGGGCGCCUUUGGCGGCAUGGGCCAGACCGGGGCCUUGGGCGGCUUUGGCGCCAACCCGAUGGCGGCCAUGGCUGCCGCCGCCGGGCUGCCCGGCUUUGGCGCAUUUGGCGGCCUGGGCGCUGCCGGGCUGGGCGCCGCUGGGCUGGGCGCCGCUGGGCUGGGCACGGCGGGCCUGGCCGCCGGCAUGGCAGGCCUUGGCGCCAGUGACGCCGGCGGCGGCACCGGCGGCACCGGCGGCACUGCUGCCGUCACCACCAGUCCCGCUGGCCGCAGCCGGGCUGCCGGUGGCUAUUCAGCCUACGGCAGCGGCAGCAGGUAUGGUGAGGACGACGGCGGCGACGCUCUGUACCAGCAAGGCUACGGCAGCGGCAGCGCCUCUCGCUACACCCGCGGUGGUGGUGGCGGUGGUGACGACUAUGGGGGGGGUGACGACUAUGGGGGUGGGGACGCCUAUGGCAGCCGCGGCGGCGGCGGCGGAGACGCGUACGGCCGCAGCGGCGGCGACGCUUACGGCGGCCGCAGCACCGACCAGUACAACAGCCGCGGCGGUGGUGGCGGCGCUUACGACAGCGGCCGCACCGCUGGCGGCGCCGGGUACGGAGGCGGCUCCGGCUAUGGCAGCCGCGGCGGCGGCCAGCGCGGCGGCGGCAACAAGCGCCAUACCGACAAACAGGGCGGCGGCUUCGGCGACUCCUACAGCUACCCCCCCAAGCGCCCUCGCUACUGA